AUGUUUUUUGCGUUUUUCCUCAUCCGCGCCUUAUCUGAAGAGGCACAAGAUGACACGGACAUGACUGUUGAAUCACAACCAGAGAAUUUUGUACCCGAGGGUGAUUAUUAUGAUAGAUACAUGCGUAAUCCUUAUGGCUAUGAUGAAUACGGCUACGACUACGAACAAGCAUACGAUGAAAAAGGCAAACCAAUCUGUGGUCCCAAUGCAGAGAAAGUCAAAGGCCAUUGCAAAUGCAAGGAUGGCUUCGAUUAUGGUAAUCCAAGAUCAGUUCAAGGCUGCUACAACUGCAAAGGCUGCUCUAACUGGGCAAGCUGCAACUAUCCAGGCGAAUGCAAAUGCUAUUAUGGCUAUGAGGGCAAUGGUUCAUUCUGCAGACAAGAAAAGGUUUCUGUUAAAGGCAUUGGCGAUCCAGUAAACGGAGUUAUCAAUGUUUCCCUCAACUUCGAUUCUGAUGGCGAAAUUGAAUCAGGCUUUUGCCGUUUUGGCGGAUUUACAAGCAAAGCUCUCUUCGCAUGCAGAGACUAUUUCACAUGCCAGCUUCCAACUGAAAUACCACCAGUCGUACCUGUACAGGUUUCUCUUGAUGGCGAGAAAUGGUCAGAUGAUUCAAUUGUUUACCAACCACGUUCCAAGGAAGAUAUCAAACACAAACCUAAAUCCAACCUUCUAAUGGUAUUAGUCUUCAUUGUUUGCAUGGCUCUUCUUUCAUUGUUGUUAUUGAACACAAAGCCAGUUCAUAAUGAAGAAAGACGUCCAUUCAUUGAACAAAGAAGACGCCCAAAAGAAGGAGUACGCCACAGGACAGUGUAA